AUGGGCGGUGAGAUGAAGAUAAACACCGAACGGACAGUCGACACGAAGAGGAACCAGCCCCGGAAAGAAGACGCAGGAGCAGAACCAGCCAGGAAAAGAGGCCGACCCGGCAGCUUCAAGGAGGCCAAGCAAGCCGGCUCGCCCAGGGGGGAAAAGGGCCCCCCCAGGAGGAACGAACCCCAAAGAAAAAGGCUAGGGGAGGCCCGAGGCGGGAAGUCGACCCCACCGGUACCAAGGCAGUCUUUACCAUUGAAGCAGACAGAGAUAGAAGAUGAUGACGAUGAAGAAGAUAUCAAUGAAGCUGGUGGUGAUGUGAUGAAGGACAAGAAAGAAGAAGAAAUGAGGCGAUCGAUCGGCCUGGGACUUUCUGGCGGUGACCUUGUACUAUAA